CUGCCGAUAACGAUAGGCGAUAACGAAUCGGAUUUUGGUCACUCUAAGCGUUCAGCAUUAAAAGUUAUUGUUAUUAUUUACAAUUUCAAGAAAAAUUAACUGUUAAUGCAGUGAGAUUGAGUUUUUCCAGCAUAAAUUAUCAAAGAAAACCAUUCUUAAUCAAUACAACACAAGAACGGGAAUAUCCGAAUUCCAGAAUGUCGGAUUUGGGGAAAGAUGUGGCGAGCGAAGAAGGCUCCAAUGGAAGCAGGGAAACCAUUUGGUACACCAUUGGAGAGCUUGUGGAAAUGGUCGAGUGUCCAGGUUGUGGAAUAUCUAUGGUAUCGUUCAAAAACCGUUUCGCCCACAUCAAGAAGUGCUUCAGCAUCAAGAGACGAGGUCCUUUGUACAGAAUUCACGGAUAUGCGGAGUGCAAGUGCGGUUUCCUUAUAGCAGACACGGAAAAAGCCCGGAAACUGCAUUGUUGUUCGGGAAAGCUUCGCCCCUGCAAGCCAAUCAUACCAGCUGAGCCGAAACUCCCCGCGACAGAACAUGCCGAGGAAGUAACUACAACUAAUAGGGAACAGGCUUUGCAGCCGUUGAUUCUCAAUUUUAUCAGCCCCAUCAAACAACAGGAGUUUCCAUCUCUGGAUAUAUCACAUUCCAGUAAACAUAAUCCUAAACCAACAUCAAGGCCACGCGUCCGUAACUUUGAUAGACCACGCAGAAGUCAAGCUCCAAGGGAAGUCUGUGUGUACUCUAUUAUUAGAAAGAAUGGGGCUAUCUUAGUGACAGGAAGAUCCAUCGUUAGGUACCGUGGAGGCAACGAAAACUUUGCCAUACUUAAAAGGCGAGAGUUGAAAAUGAAAAGCGUAUAACAUAGUUAUGUAUGAGUAAACUAAGCUGUAGAGAAGUCUGAAUAUUAUUAAUGUAAAUUAAGUCUCUUCUCUUUUUUUUCAAUCUUACUGGUUACCUUAUCAUCUAUAAGUAAUUUUCUUGAUUUAUGUAAACAACAAAAAAUUAAUUUUGUAAAUCAAAAGUUUUUUUAAAACAC